AUGCCUUCAGAUGAAAUCGCUGUUGUCGAAGAAGCAAACAAUUCCAACUCUACAAACGAGAAGAAAAUUUGUCUUGGCGCGAGCAACUCGAAUCGGUCCUCCAGGAGGAAUAGCCACGCCCCAGAAGUUGUCGACGAUGCGGUCUUUGGCCAUGUUGGCGAAAAAGGCCCCAACUAUCGCAGCCUUUCAAGGAUAGGUACCAUCGCCCUCAUGACGAAAACCCAAGUCGGUCUCGGUGUCCUCGCUAUCCCCAGAACGUUCCAUGCUCUCGGACUUAUCCCCGGCGUCUUUUGCCUCGUAGCCAUCGGCGGUAUGACAUCUUGGUCGGGUUACAUUGUUGGUACUUUCAAGCUCAACCACCCAGAAGUGUACACUAUAGACGAUGCUGGAGGCAAGAUGUUUGGCAGGAUUGGUCGCGAAAUCUUUGCUGCGAUCUUUAUGCUGAACUGGGUCUUCAUCUCUGCAUCAGCUAUGCUGGGUAUCUCGGUUGGGCUCAAUGCUGUAUCAAGCCACGCCCUCUGCACCUGGACCUUUGUCAUUAUCGCCGCUGUCAGCACAUUUCUCUUAGCCAGUAUCCGAACCUUGAGCAAGAUAGGAUGGAUUGCAUGGGUUGGUGUUGUCUGUAUCAUGACCGCCAUCUUCUCUGUUACCAUUGCUGUUGGAGUCGAGAAUAAAACUCCUGCGGCUAUUGAGGGAAACUCUACUACGUUCAGGCUUACCAACGACCCUCCAUUUGCCGAUGCCAUGGCAGCAGUCUCUAGCCACAUCUUCGCCUACGCCGGCACGCCCGCCUACUUUUCCAUCAUCGCCGAGAUGCGAGACCCGACGCUUUACACAUCAGCGCUUAUCUGGUCGCAGAGUAUUAUGACUGCUGUAUACGUUGUGAUUGGUGUUGUUAUAUAUUACUACGUCGGCUCCGAGGUUGCAUCUCCUGCUUUGGCUUCUGCCGGUCCUACCAUGAAGAAGGUCGGCUUCGGAUUUGCUCUGCCGGGCCUCUUAGUCAGUGCCAUGAUUGUCACACAUUUACCAGCCAAGUACAUCUUCCUUCGUAUCCUCCGCGGCUCUGAGCACCUCCACCGCAGCAGUUUCAUUCAUUGGGGUACUUGGCUUGGCUGCACUGGCGGCGUCACUAUUAUCGCCUACAUCAUAGCCAGCGCUAUUCCCAUGUUUGACCCUCUUGUGUCAUUGGUUGGUGCAUCUUUCGGUGUCUUCCUUUGCUUCCAGCCCUUCGGAUGUAUGUGGCUGCACGACAACUGGGGAUGCAGGAAGCGUGGCCUCAGGUGGAAAGGAGGGCUCGCCUGGAGCAUAUUCAUCAUUAUUAUUGGCACCUUCCUCAUGAUUGGCGGCACAUAUGGCUCCAUUGAAGGCCUUCUUUUUGCCACUCGAGAUGGAUUUGGUGCCGCUUGGGGUUGCGAGGAUAAUUCUAUCACUUCAAGUGAGCAGUGCACAGAUAAAAUCUCACUUGUCAAACUUUGA